AUGAAGCAAUUAAGUAAUGCUUGCAAUAUUAGUAAAAAGCAAAUUAUCAUUUGGCAUAAUGCCAUUUUUAGCUCUACUGAAAGAAGCAUUCCUACAACCGUUGCCUUCCACGACUGUUUUUCGCACAAUGUAGAAAAUCUUGGUCGUGUCCAUGAGCUUGCAUACGAUCAAGUUCUCGAAGACACCCACGCUGCUUAUGAAAGGUUAAGUGGAACAUAUCGAGUUCCAUCUGAAGGUUACUAUGUGUUUACUUGGGCUACAUGCACAUAUCAUGGUAAUGUUCCCCUUGGACUUCUUGUCAACGGAGUUGUAAAGGGGAGGUCUCAUUCACGAUCAAAUGCCAACGACGAUUCUGCCACCGGAUUGGUGAUUAUUUCGGUGGCAGUGAACGACGCCGUGAUAAUCCGAACACAUCCUGAUUACGAUCCUCAUGGUAUUAUAUUAAGCGACAAAUGGCAAACGUCGUGUUUUUCAGGCUGGAAAUUAAAUUAA